AUGGACUUGACGAACGUGCUGAAUAACAGAGGAGGCACCAUCGUACAACACCCCCAUCACUUUGCAAACGACUUCAUGAAUCAACAACACCAUCUUGCCUUUGGCAAGCCCGAGCCCGACAUGGAUCGCUCAAAUUCGCCACACAUGUCUGAUCACUCGACUUAUUCCGCCCAUAGCAUGCCGCGAUCUUACCACUCUUCCGCUGUCAUGCACGCACCCAUGCAGAUCCCAAGCUCCAUGCCCGCGACCAUGCACGUUCAAGGUUUUCCUGACAUGCACCACAUGGCCGCUGUUCCCAACAUGGCCAUGACGCACAUGCAGCCUCCCAAUCCCGUCGACGAUGGCAAGAAGCAAAAAACACAUCAGUGUAGUACCUGUGACAGCGCCUUUGCCCGCCGAAGCGAUCUCAGCCGCCACGAACGCAUCCAUUCUGGAAACAGGCCUCAUUCUUGCGAUGUCUGCGGGAAACAAUUCAUCCAAAGGUCUGCUCUGACCGUUCACAAGCGUGUUCAUACUGGUGAGAAGCCGCACCAGUGCGAGACCUGCGGCAAAAAGUUUGGCGACAGCAGCUCUCUUGCCAGACAUCGACGAACACAUUCCGGCCAGCGUCCCUACGUCUGCCCAUUUGCCGACUGCCAAAAGACAUUCACGCGAAAGACGACACUGACGCGUCACAAGAGCAACCACAUCGGCACUGUCGAGCAGUCGGCAGUAGCGCGAGCUGCUGCCCUGGCGAGUGCCAACCCCAAGAACCUUGUCCAGCCUCGCUCCGAUGGCGAUCACCUUUCCAGCCACGGCUCGCCGCUCACAACACCGUCGCCCGGACAGCGAGCCAUGUCCAUGUCUCCCGGCAUGGACCUGGGAGCUGGCUUUAACCGGCACCACGCCGAAUUCCAGUAUCUUCAGCAAGGAGGGCCGCUACCCGCUCACUUGCGAGUUGGCAGCCCCGCUUCGACAGCGAGCGGUUACAGCAACCCUGGUGGAAUGCGCCCAACUUCGCAUCCCACCAACUAUGUGCCGCCGCCCACUCUUGAGCCCAGCGUGGAGCACCACCAGCAGGGCUCAAAUGGCAGCACUGGCGGCAGCCCUCACAUGAGCAGCAUGGGCUGGCAGUCGCCGUCGCAGCAUCUUCAGUCGCCGUCACAGCAUCUCCAGUCGCCGUCGCACCAUCAUCUACAGUCACCGUCUCACCAUCUACAAUCGACUGCCCAGAAUGCUGCCGCCGGCUACGCGUAUCCCGAUCCUGAUAACUAUCCCCCAAGCGCGGCUGCCAUGAAUCAAAUGUACUAUAACCCGCCGCCGCAGAUGCGACGACCUCAAAGCACUGAACCAGGGCUGGUCCACAUGGCCUAG